UCGACAAGUGUCCGCGGCGGCGGCGGCAGCAGCAUUUAAUGGAUUAGACGCUCGGAGCGGGACCGCGCGGGGCUCUGCGGGGCAUGACUUGCAGUUUUUGUUAUCAGAAGCGAUGAGCUGUGUUAGCGCGGGUCAGGGCGCCAUUAUCUGGAGAUAGGAAGCGGGGGAGAAUGUUUCUGUGCCGGAGAGCGACGGGUUUAGGCUGUAAAUACCGCUGGAACUUCGCGGGAGCGGCGGAAGUUGGAAUAAACCCGCCGGCAGCGCUGUGUGGAGCAGGGACGCUGCAGGGCAGGCUGGGCAGCGCUGGAGGGCUGGAUACAUGUUUAAACAGAAGAUAUACUUUAUUCCCUGAUGCUAAAGCGCUGGUAGAUGGUCUGUGCGGACGGAUGGAGAGUGAAUUAGGCGGGGGAAUGCUGCUCCAGACCCGGAGCUUCUCCAUGUUUCCCUCCGUGUCGGUUUCAGCCACAGCUCCUCCACAGUUCAGCUCUUCUCGAUUUCCAGGAAUAAACAUCAGCAUAAACACGACAUUUAACGCCUGCCUGUGUGCGCCUGAAUACAGAAUACUGUCCAGAGCUUCGUCUACUAGUCAAAAAGAAGCCAACAUGGAGAAAAACGCACCAACAACUGAGGUUAAUCAGAUCAAGACUACAGAUAUCCCACAAGGAGAAAAAGAAGAACCAGUGCCUGAUAAGAAGCUAAAUAAAACAGCACAGUUGAAGAAAGUGUUUAAGGAAUAUGGAGCUGUUGGUGUGUCGUUCCACAUUGGAAUAUCCCUAAUUUCCCUUGGAAUUUUCUAUCUUGCUGUGUCUAGUGGGAUCAACAUGACUGCGCUCCUCUGUAAGCUGGGUUUCAGUGAGUCUGUUGUUCAGUCAAAGUUGGCUGCUGGCACGAGCACGUUCGUUUUGGCGUACGCUGUUCACAAGUUAUUUGCUCCACUUCGGAUUAGCAUCACCCUUGUCUCUGUACCGCUCAUAGUACGACACCUUCGGAGAACCGGACUCUUCAAACAUCCACCAUCUAGUCUGUAGUGAAAUCUGAAGACGUGUGUUUUCUGUACUGUCUAACUUGGAAGUCUGUGAGACACUGGUGUACUGUUUCUCAGGUUUUACAUACAUUUUCAUUACUUAGUCAUGAUUGAAGACAUAUCCAUUAGCUUAUUAAAAAAAUUCUGAUGAUUUUUUUUAAGUAGCAUACUUCUGCACUGUAAAUAAUGAGGCGUUCCUCCAAGAACUCAAAACAUUCCUCAAUAGGGGUGGGACAAAAUAUCGAUAUUGCACUAUAUAUAUAUAUAUAUAUAUAUAUAUAUAUAUAUAUAUAAUCUCCGUUUGCUAAACAUUAUCGAAACUUGGCAUCAUAUAUCACUAUUUGUGUUAAAACAAGCAAAGGCUUAAGACUUGCUCCUCAAUUUAACUUACUAAAGUUACUGCUUUAUUACUCCACAUGGUGGUUCUAAUCAAAUGAAUAGAGUAAAUCAAUUGGUUGUUGAAUUCUGUGAAACUGACACCAAUAAAUCCAUGAUACCUGUUUUUUUUAUUAUUAUUAUUUAAUAAUAUUUUAUCUUCUUAAGUAACACAGAUGCUGUGAAGUAUCGUAGAGAAUUGCCUGGCAAUAUAUAGAGCAUCCCAAAAUCCCAGUAUUUUGAUUUAUUUUUAUUAAGGGCAAUGUAUCCUUAUAAUAUUGUAUCGUGAGAUGCCCUGCGAUCAGUACAAAAUCUGGUUCCUUCAAGAAUGAAUUUAAAUUAAAGCCUUAAAGAAUCUUCUGGCUAAUUAUAUUUAAAUCCAGCUUUGAGGAAAUUCUUAAAUCUUUAUUUACUGAAACAAAUAAAGAAGAACUUUAACUCUUGCAAAGAUUUGUUCCUUAAGACUGGGUCUAAGACCCUUUCUUUGACGCUUCCAUUAAGCAUCUUCAGAGGUUUUUCCUCAGUUUUAAUUAUAAAAACCUCCAAAAUCCUCAAGUAUCUUGUCCAGAUCCUCCAGGAACCUCAACUAAGGUGUUCUUUUCUCUAAAUUUGUUAUAAGCACCUCUUUAUGUGUUUUUAAUGCAUAAAAGUCUUUGGACUAUAGGCCAACUGAGGUCAAUGUGUUUUGUACAUUGUGUUCAUUUGUUUUGUUUAGUUUUGGUUUCACACUGCAGUUUAGAAAGUUAAACACUAAAGAACGUUCAGACGUCUUGCCAUCAUAACCUACAUGGGCUGCUUCUCCCUAUAAUUGAUUCUAAUUGGUUUCUAACGUUCUGAAAAAAUGUUUUCUAGGGCUUUUUUAGGUUUGUGCCAAAUUUUGCAUCCCGGUUUGUAUUUGACUCCCCUUAAGUUUAAGUCUACGUUCAUCAUGCAGCAGAAUGAGUAGAUUCCUUUUACUUUUAUUGUUUAUAAAAAAGGGUUAAUCUACAGUUACAGUAGAUACAGAGUCACUAGCACUACAAUGACUGACAAGUUCACACGAAGGGGAGUCAAUUUUCAGCACAACACGUAUCUAACUAAUCCGUAAUAAUCGCCUGCUUCAACCUAAUGAAAAUGGACCCAAGAAUGGUCCAGACCAGGACCAUCUCUUUUGGGCAGACCACAUUUCGGUCAUUUGAUUUAUAUUGUGGUUUUACACCUGCUAUUGUUGUUUGGUUGAAAGCACCCCCAGCGUAUUGAGGAAUGUUUGAGAUUUUGAGCCUCUACAUGCUUGAGGCAGCACUACUCAUAUUUUGCAGUGUAGAAACUAUAAUAACACAAGCUGUGACUCAUAUUUUUACUUGAGCUAAACCAAGUGUGAUAAAGCUUAAUCCUAUUUGGGUGUGGGAUAAUUUCCUUUCUGAACAUAAUGAAUGUGAAAAUAUAGUGUGAAAUGAUUAUGAAGAUUUAAAUAGUUUUGUAUUGUUUUAAAGAUGGCAUAUUAUUAUUAAAUCAUCAUCAUUUGCUUACAUGAAUUUAAGUGACUGUAUCUGCAAUGUGAAAGAAUAUGGCCCUGAACGUAGCCUUUGUGAUUUCUUGCUUUUUCAGACUUUCUUUAACUCAUUAAGUGCUAGUUGUGGAGUUGAAAGUGGGUCAAGUGUGCAACAGAAAGAGGAAAAUUUCAGAUUUUCAUUGUCAAUAAAAUCAUGCAGUGACUGUGCCUCUUGAUUCGGGUUGUUUUCUCUUGAGUGUGCACAUUUGUUCUAAUAAAUUGUAUUGUUUUAA